CCCAUAACCCUAUAACCCCAUAUGUCAGCGUGCUUCCUGGACUCCAUGGCCACGCUGGGGCUGGCAGCGUACGGUUACGGCAUCCGCUACGAGUUCGGGAUCUUCAACCAGAAGAUUGCGGGAGGAUGGCAGGUGGAGGAGGCCGACGACUGGCUGCGCUAUGGGAACCCAUGGGAGAAGGCCAGGCCCGAGUACACCAUCCCUGUGCACUUCUAUGGCCGCGUGGAGCACUCGCACGACGGGGCCAAGUGGCUGGACACACAGGUGGUUCUGGCGCUGCCGUACGACACACCAGUGCCGGGAUACAGGAACAACACGGUGAAAAAAAAACCCCCCCACCAUUUUUGGGGAGGCUUAGUGGUCUGCACGAGCACCCAAUGA